GAUGAGCAAGGAGCUGGACGGCCUGCGGUCUGAGGCGGAGGCCCGCGCCGCGGAGUGCCGCGCCAAGUCGGCCCUCGUCGACGGGCUCAGGCGGGAGGCCGCCGAGCAGGCCGCCCGGCUGCGGGAGGCCAGGGAGGAGGUCCAGCGGCAGGCGGGGGAGAUCGCCGCCAAGGACCAGGAGGCCUCCUCCGCCAGGGAGGCGUGCGAGGACCUCCGGGCAAAGUUCGCGGAGAAGGAGCAGGCCUUCAGGCACCUCUGCGCCGCCCACGACGGCCUCAAGGCCAGCCUCCGGGAGAGGGGCGAUGGCUGGGACGCCGAGAGGAGGGGGCUCGUCGCCGCGCUGGAGGAGUCCGAGGUGAAGCGGCUGGAGCAGGAUGUGGCCGUGCGCUCCUGCAACGAGGAGGUUUCCCGGCUCAAGAGGCUCUUGUCAGAGAAGGAGAAGAGGUGCUCCGAGGCUGAGCAGAGGGCAUUGGCGCAGAGGGAGGUCAUGAUGAGGGAUGACACCCUCGCCAAGCUGGAGGAGGAGAAGGCUGCCAUCGAGGGCAAGCUCAAGUGGAAGGCCGAGCAGUUUCGGCACCUCGAGGAGGCCCUAAAGAAGGUCCGGGAUGAGUUCAGGGAUGCCGAGAGGCAGUGGGGCGCAGACCGGUCAACCUUGGCUGAUCAGAUCGGCGCCCUCGAGACCAAAUUGGAUUCCAAGACGAGGGUCGCCGAGGAGUUCCGGUCGAGGCUCGAAAUGUGCAGCCAGGCGUUGGCCCACGAGGAAGGCCGCAGGAAGCUGCUCGAAGCAGAGAUGUCUGAUUUGAGGCAUAUGUAUGGCAAUGUGGUUUCCGAGUAUGAAGAGGCCAGGUCGACCAUUGAGUUGCUGACGUCGAAGAGGGAUGGCGAGAUUGCGUCCUUGAGGAGCUCACUGGCUGAGAAAUCCACUUUGCUCAAUGAGAUGGAGUAUUGUAAGGCGCGCCUUGAUCAAGAGAAUGAGGAUCUGCGGUCCUUAUUUAAGGAGUACCAAGAGGCUCAGAUCGGCGGUGCAGAUGCCGCAGGGAUGUUGAAGGGUCUGCGGGAGAAAUUCCGAGCUCUGGAGCAGACACAUAGGAGCUGCAAUGAGAAGCUGAGUCAUAAAGAAACAGAGUGGAAAGCACAGAUGGGAAAGCUUGAGGAUGAUCUUAAUGGAUGCUUGUCACAGCUGCAUUCCAAAGAUAUGCUAAUCAGGCAAUUGCAAAAUGAGUUGCUGAGCAGUUAUAGCUCACUGGAGCUCCGAACUGUAGAGAACUUGGAAGCUUCAAUAGUCUGUCUUGCUGUAGAGGCAAAGUUCUACGAUUCCUGCUCAUUUGUUGAUACUUUAAAACUGAAUAUGCAGCAGCGCUGUGAAUAUUUUGAGCAGAAUAUCGCUGCUGCGAAAAGUCAGUUGGAGGAAAAGAACCUUGUCAUUGCUCAGUCCCAAGCUGAACAGGCACACCAAUUGGAGGUAAUGGCGACACUGCGCGGAAGAAUUGAACAGCUAGAAUUUAUGGAGCAGGAACAUGAAAAGAUGCAAAGGCAACUUGGGGAAUACAAAGAAAUGCUGGACAAUGCAUCAAGAAAUGUUCACUGCUUAAAAGAUGAGACUUCAGAGAAGGAAAAGAGCCUUAAGGAGGAAUUGGGGAAAGCUUUAAGUGAUCUCGAUGAAGCACACCGUGACCUUGAUGAGCAGAAAAGCCAACUGAGACAACUCGAAAUCAAUCUCCAUCAGCAAAAGCAAGCGGUUGAGCAUUUGGAAAAGCGAAAGAUUGACUUGGAGACUGAACUCAAGGGUUAUAUGGAUGACAACCAUGUACUGAAGAGAGAUCUGGAUGUUGCUCUUAACGCCAAAAUUGGAGCUGAGGUGGCUCUCAGGGAAGAAAAUGAGAAGUUACUAGGUGCUCUUGAUGAAGCAAACUGUGCCCUCUCCGAGAGUAAGAGCAAGAUUUGUGAGAAAGAAAUCACCCUUCACCGGCAAAGGCAAGAAGUAGAGCAUCUGGAAGAGCUGAGAGUUGAUAUGGAAACUAAGCUCAAGGGCUACGUCGAUGAAAAUGAUGUAUUGAAGAGGGAUCUUGAUGUCGCGACUGUUGCUAAAAUGAAAGCUGAGGAGACCCACACAGAAGAAAAGGAGAAGUUAUUGUUUGCUCUCAAUGAAGCAAACUAUGCUGUUUCUGAGGUGAAGGAAGAGCUGGACCAACUCAGGAUCAAUAUUCAUCAGCAAAAGCAAGCGCAUGAGUGUUUGGAAAAGUUAAAAGUUGACAUGCAAACUGAACUCAAGGGCUGCGUGGAUGAAAACAAUGUAUUGAAGAGGGAUCUCGAUGUCGCGACUAUUGCUAAUAUGAAAGCUGCGGAGAUCCACACAGAAGAAAAGGAGAAGUUAUUGUUUGCUCUCAAUGAAGCAAACUUUGCCGUUUCUGAGAUGAAGGAAGAGCUGGACCAACUCAAGACCAAUAUUCAUCAGCAAAAGCAAGCACUGGAGUGUCUGGAAAAGUUAAAAGUUGGCAUGCAAACUGAACUCAAGCGCUAUAAGGAUGAAAGUUGUGCACUAAAGAGGGACCUGGUUCUUUCUCUUGUUGCCAAGUUCGAAGUUGAGGACACCCUUAGAGAAGAAAAGGAUAAGUUAUCAAGCAUAAUUGAUGAGAGAGACAAGAUCAUUGAGGAGCUUCAGCAAUACAUCAGUGUGCUGGAAGAAGAUAAUGUGGGCCAAAAACUUGAUGUGGCCAGUCUUAUCAAGUCAGAGGUUAAGAAUUCCAUUCAAGAAGUGAACAACAGGUACUCUGAAAUUGUUGAAAUCUUUGACAAAAAGCUCUUGGAGCUCGAAACAAGGCUUGGUUUCUUUGAGCAGAAAUACACACGCAGAGAGCGUGAGAUUAUGGAAAUAUUUGAUCAAGAGGAGGCAGAUUGGUAUAUGCUAAUUGCAGAGAAGGAAAACGCUAUUGCUGACAUUCAAGAAAUUGUUGAAUCUGUUCAACUUAACAUAAAACAUCUUCUUGAUGCUGCUGCAUCAAAGCUCUCAGAAGUUCAGCUUGAGGUCCAGCAGCUUUAUGGCUUUGCAGAAAAUCUGAAUUCUCUGAAUCUCAUCCAAGAACAUGACAGUUAUUUCAAAGACAUGCUCAUUGAAGAGUGCCAAAGAGAGCUGGUGGCCCUGCAAAUGAAAUUGGUUCUAGAGAAAGAACAGUCGAGCGAUUUGAAGCAUGUUCUUGAGAAACUCAGAGCUGAAACCACUGCGGAGAUAUUAGAGAAGGAAAAGGAGCACCUGGAAGUAGUAAAUGAGCUGAAACAUUUGGAGGAAAGUAAAGAAAUGUUAGAAGAACACUUGGAAGAUUUGAAGUCUAGAACGAAGGACAUAUGUAAUGCUGCUUUUGAGGAAAGGAAACAGUUAGUUGAUGAGCUGAAUGGAAUCACCUGUACCAUUGGAGCAGCAGUUCAUGCAGAUGAGGAUCUGAAGGCAAGCUUGGCAAGGAUCAUGCAGAAAGCUAACGUCGAGGAACCUCUCUUGAGUUCUAGCAGCAAAGAAAUGAAUAGCUCAGAGAAUCCAAACGUGAGAAAUCAUUUGCCCCUGCCCAGGAACAAAGAUUUGGAGGAAAGUAAAGAAAUGUUAGAAGAACACUUGAAAGACUUGAAGUCCAGAACAAAGGAUAUAUGUAAUGUUGCUGUUGAAGAAAGGAAACGGUUAGUUGAUGAGCUGAAUGGAAUCACCUGUACGAUUGGAGCAGCGAUUCAUGCCGAUGAGGAUCUGAAGGCAAGCUUGGCAAGGAUCAUGCAGAAAGCCAACAUCGAGGAGCCUCUCUUGAGUUCUAGCAGCAAAGAAAUGCCUAGCUUAGAGAAACCAAACGUGAGAAAUCAUUCGCCCCUGACCAGGAACAAAUCUGCAGCUCUCCCAGAUAGAAGAUUGCCACUAAAAGAGAACAACUAUUAGUCUUGGUAGGUGAGGUCAGAUUGUGCACUGACAUUGUUGUAAUCUCUGUAUCCUAUUUCUUGCUGCCGUCUGUAUUAUUUUGUUUACACAGAAUGGCCAUGUUUAUCCGAAAUUUCCUUUGUCAGUUGCCUUUUAAACAAUCUGGCUAAUAAAUAGAAUGUGUUUGUUGUAGUCCAUUACCCACAGCUGUACCUUUAUCUACUGUUGAAUAGUUGGCUUAAUAAACUUUUCGUAAUCUUUUGCUGUA